GCUGGGCGUGAGGGGCGAGUGUUGUGGAGGCCAGUAAUGCCACUACAUCAUACAUUCAUGAAGAACACACCGAUCUGUGAAUACGCUCUGUGUUCUGAGGGGACAUCUUGUUCAUUAUUUCUCAAGCCUUCUGUGUCGUAAUAUAUUUUCGAGGGUGUGCCGAGCCCCGGGGUGUGGCGUCGUGGUACGGGGAGUGUGCCAAGAGUGCCCCCAGAGCUGUUAGCGAGACGACGUAGAUGUUGAGACGCAGCUAACGGCAGCCACUCAAGGGCGAUCAAAUUCAUCCCGUCUGCCUAUGUGCCUUGCUGGGGUAUACCCUCCUUUUGUCUCCUCGCAGCUGCCCGUCCACAGGUGCUGCUUUGUUCUCAGUCACUUUUUUUCAGCGUGGUCCGUAAGCUGGACUGAAUGUGCUGCAGCAGGCUUGGUAAUGCGGUGAUGCAACCAAGUGGGCUGGAAAGACGAAUUCCAGUCUUCGUCUUUCCCCAGUCAUUGACCUUUUACGUUGGUGACUCCAAUACACACAAACAGAUUCUGACUCUUUACAACCCAUAUGACUUCCGCAUCAACUUCAACGUGUUAUGCAACAAUCCAUUAUGCUUUGACAUCGAGCCUCCUAAUGGUGUGGUAUACUCAAAAUGUUCGGUGGAUAUCAUCGUGACAAGAACAAACCUCUCACUCAACGAGGCUCGGGAGAGAGACACCAUACGCAUUGCAAUCUCUGAGGAGGGAGUUAAUCAGAUCAUUGGAAAGAAGGACAUUCUUGCGACCCUGCAGACUGGCGUCCCAAAUCCACAAAGUGGGAGUGACACUGACCAUUUUGAGUCCGUCCGGGGCCACUCACCGGCUGGGGCAGGGGCCUUACGUUACCCCCAGGGAAUCAUUGGUCCCCAGCAGCAGCCAUUUGGACCUGGCACUGUGUACAAUGGUCCCAGUCUCCUCCUAGUGGGUGCAGCUGUUCUUUGCCUGCUGGGCCUCCUUUUACCCACCGAAGGGGAGGAUGCGUCUGCCAGGUUGCCCCCUUACCUGCACCUUAGCACCAACAUCAAAAUUGUUAUCUCCUAUGUCCUAGGACUACUGACCUAUGCUAUCCUGAGGCCUGCGUAAGAUGGGGAUGGGGGUGAGAUGGGGAAGUACAAGCAUGUCAGUGGCAUCAAACCCACCGCCUUCACAUACAAAGAGACAAGGGAACUUUACAAGAGGACAUUAAGUACAUAUAAUUAAUUUCAACUGAUGCAAUUUCCUUUAUAUAAUAGUAUGAAAUAAUGUACUAUUUUCUAUAUAUUAUAAAAUCUCUUUGUCAUAAGAUUAGCUUUUAGCAUUUUCUACAUCUAUUUUAAUGUAAGAUAUAAAUUGGGAAAGUUUUGUAUUUGGCAUUUAGUGCUGCAAUCAAGGGACUGCAGAGUGUUUGGUAUUGUCUAGUUAUGUAUGCUGGUUUGUUAGAAUGUGUGUGUCUGUGUUUGUGUGCUUGUGUCCGCACGCAAGAUGGAGGCUUCUUUUGCUCACUGCUCUCAUUGGCCGUGUAAUGUGAUGUACUGUGACGUUGGCUUAGUGUAUAGUAAAAAUUCCCUUAAUAAUGAAUUCAGGAAGGGCGGCAUGUAGCUCCUCAUGUUCUAGUUAUAUUAUCUGAUAAUGAUCAAUGCAGAUAGCAAGGAUGUCCCCACCUCAUGAUAUUCAGAAACCUGAGUGUUCCCAGAGUAUUCAGAACCCAUCACCUGGCAGGGUCUUCCAGGAGAGUUUAAAGGAUGUCACCCCCUGGCAGUGUCUUACAGGGGGGUCAGAAACUGGCUUGCAUUACCUCCUAGUUUACACAAUAACAGUGUGGACUUUUGUUCAUCAUGAGCCUCCCCCUGCAGGCCUCCACACCAGCUCAUGGGGGGGGGAGGGGGGGGGAGUUAAAACCAAGGUGGGGGCUCUUAGGGCAUGCUCAAGUCAGUAUGCAAAUUGCAGCUGUGACUAUAUGCAACCAAUAUGUAUUAUGCAAUAGUGGUAAUUGUUUACAGUGCUUUGCCACCAUCACCACCUUCCCCUGACUUACAAUGACAUUACUGAACUGUAACAUAAGAUUUAUACACACAUGAAUAUAUAUAAAUUUGAUUUUAUCUUUUGUAUGGCUUUGUGAUGAAGUAGUAGCUACCUUGUAAUUGUGGUGUUUUGAGACCUUAAUGUAGCUAUUUUAUUUUAUACCAAGCAACUCAUCAUGAAAUAUUAAAUGAUUAAAUGUA